ACUGGGAAACUUCCCAUUCCCUUCCUUAAAUGGAGGGAAGGAGAAUCGGUCCUCGGGGCCGAGGUGAGGGGCGGUGGGUCGUCACCGUGCCCAAGCCCAGCCUGGUAUUCGUCACCUCCUCCUUCGCCCUCGUCACCCGGGGUGGCCGCAGGAACCCGCAGGACCCGGGAAAACCUGUUUCAAAGAUUAGUUACCCAGAGGCCCAGGAGCAGAUUAAGCAGAUUAAGGAGGCAGAUUUUACAGCUCCGGGGGCGGGACUCUGGCGCAGAGGGCUCCGGGCAAGGUCCGGGGCAUCUGGCUCGCCGCGCUUCGCCACAGGACCGAUGGUGCGGAGGGGACGCGCCGCAGUGGCCUCCAGGGCCUGCGGGCCGGCUCUACUCACCGUAUGUUUGCUUCUGAGGACUUGCGAAUUCAAAACAGCCGAUGCCUCGAAACCGAAUAUUCUACUGAUAAUGGCGGACGACCUUGGCAUCGGGGAUCUUGGUUGCUAUGGGAACCGCACCCUGAGGACGCCCAACAUCGACCGGCUUGCGGAAGAAGGCGUGAGGCUCACCCAGCACCUGGCGGCCGCCCCCCUCUGCACCCCGAGCAGGGCUGCCUUCCUGACCGGGAGACACUCUUUCAGAUCAGGCAUGGACACCAGCGGUGGGUACCGGGCCCUCCAGUGGAACGGGGGCUCGGGCGGACUCCCCCAGAACGAAACCACGUUUGCGAGAAUCCUGCAGCAGGAAGGUUACGCCACAGGCCUGAUAGGAAAAUGGCACCAGGGUGUCAACUGCGCCACCCGGGGGGACCACUGCCACCACCCUCUGCGCCACGGAUUUGACUACUUUUACGGCAUGCCCUUCACCCUGGUCAACGACUGCCAGCCCGGCCGGCCGCCCGAGGUGGACGCAGCCCUGAGGGCGCAGCUGUGGCGUUACACCCAGUGGGUGGCCUGGGGGAUCGUGACGGUGGCCGUGGGCAGGGCCUGCGGGCUCCUGUCCGUUCCCUGGAGGGCCGUCCUGGCAGCGGCCAGCCUCCUGCUCCUGUUCUUCGCCUCCUGGUUCGCCAGCUUUGGGUUCGUGCGGCGUUGGAACUGCAUCCUCAUGAGGGGCUAUGAGGUCACCGAGCAGCCCAUGGUUUUGGAAAGGACAACGGCUCUCCUGCUGAAGGAAGCCAUAGCCUACAUGGAAAGAAACAAGCACAGGCCAUUUCUCCUGUUUGUAUCUCUACUGCACGUGCACGUGCCCCUGGUGACCACCAAAGAGUUUCUGGGGACGAGUCGCCACGGCUUGUACGGCGACAAUGUGGAAGAGAUGGACUGGUUCGUGGGUCAACUUCUCCACGCGCUGGAAGCAAACGGCUUGAAAAACAAGACGCUCACGUACUUUACCUCGGACCACGGAGGACAUCUGGAGGCGACGGACGGAGCCCUGGGUCAGCUGGGGGGGUGGAACGGCAUAUUCAGAGGUGGCAAAGGCAUGGCAGGCUGGGAAGGCGGGAUCCGGGUGCCCGGGAUUUUCCGCUGGCCCGGGGUGCUGCCCGCCGGCCGGGUGGUCUCCGAGCCCACCAGCCUCAUGGAUGUCUUCCCCACCGUGGUCCAGCUGGGGGGCGGCCAGGUGCCCCGGGACAGGGUGAUGGACGGCCGCAGCCUGCUGGCCUUGCUGCAGGGCACUGCCCAGCACUCGGAGCACGAGUUCCUGUUUCAUUACUGCGGGGAGGGUCUGCACGCCGCACGCUGGCACGAGAAAGAGCGGGGACGGGUGUGGAAGGUCCAUUACGUGACGCCGCGGUUCCACCCCGAGGGAGCCGGAGCCUGCUACGGCCGAGGCGUGUGCCCCUGCUCCGGGGCCGGCGUGACCCAGCACAUCCCGCCUCUGCUCUUUGACCUGUCCAGCGACCCUGGGGAGACCCGGCCCCUGUCGCCCGGCUCCGAGCCGCGGUUCCACGAGGUGGUGGCCAGGGUGGGCGAGGCGGUGCGCAGGCACAGGGCCACGCUGAGCCCAGUGCCCCCCCAGUUCUCCCUGAACCACAUUCUCUGGAAGCCAUGGCUGCAGCCCUGCUGUGGGACCUUCCCUUUCUGCUCCUGCGGCCAGGACGGAGACCACCCAGACACCUGACCUCCCGGCGUCAGGGGGGCUGCCCUGGGGAUGCAGCACCCAGCCCGCAGAGAAUAGGGAGCCCUGCUGCACUGUGGGUGGGAAUGCAGACUCUGCAGCCACCGUGGAAAACGGUGAAUUUCCCCCAAAAACAAAACACGGAGCUGCCUUCUGACCCAGUGGUCCCACUUGUAGAAACAAAACCUCAGGAUCCCAGGACACCAGGGAGAAAAGGCAUGACGCAUUCAAGUUCGUACCGACGUUAUUUCCGGCCGCCCAGCCAUGGAGACAACCUAAGGCUCCGUCAGGGGGCACGUGGGAAAGACGGUGGUACCUAUAUACGUACAUAUAUCUAUACAUACAUGUGUCUAUAUGUAUGUAGGCAGUAGGACAUCAUUCACCCAUGAGAAUGAAGGAAUCUAAAGAGCAAAAUGAAUCAUAACAUGGAGGAAGAAGAGAGUAUAAAAAUAUAAUAAACACAGCUCCGGCUGGUGUGGCUGGGAGCCAAAGGGUGACUGGUUCGAUUCCCAGUCAGGGCACAGGCCUGGGUUGCAGGCCAGGUCCCCAGUAGGGGGCGCAUGAGAGGCAACCACCCAUGGAUGUUUCUCUCCCUCCCUUUCCCUCUAAAGAUAAAUGAAUAAAAUCUUUAUAUAUAAUAAAUGCAACCCCUUUAAAAGGGAGCCAGAACGGCUAAAGGCUGCGAUAACGUGCCUUAUACAUCUUAUGCCUCCACCCUGUGGGUGUUGACACAGGACAAAGUGACCUGUGCACGGGGCCACAAGCCACCCCGUGUCCCACAGAGCUGUGUGCUAAGGGGACAAGAAAGCAGACGGGGUGACGACUGGACAGAUGAGCACAGGACUGAGCAGGAAACUCGCUGUGGAGAAGCAGCAUCACGAUGCCAUGUCAGCUGCGCCCACAGCCACGCCUCCCUGCUGUGGGUGUCCCUGUCCCCUCCCCUUUCUCAUAGGUGCCCCCCUUGUGUCUGCUCCUCACGGGGACCCUGUGUGGGCUCCUGCCUGAGUCAGCGCUUCCCCAGUAGCUGUUAUUGAUCUCAAUAAACAGGGCCGCCUCUCACUUAGGAAGGCCCUUUAUUCUCAGGUUGCCUGCUAGCUUGCAACUCUGCAAAAGUCAGCAAGAUAACUUUCCGUACAAACGGAAACCCUACCAGGGACACUCCUGGGUGAGAACCCCUUCAAUACACUACCCUGUGUCUGGUUGUAUUUCUUUAUUUUCCCAUUUUCACCACUGAGAAAUAACAGAUGCACAAGCCUGUGUAAGUUCAAGGACUUACCUUGGGACGGGGUCGCCCCAGGAGGCUAACAUCUGUCUUCUUACUGAGCUGCAAGAAGGCUUUUCCCCUCGUGAGGACAGCGCUCAGCAUUUAUUCUCUUACCCACUGUGGAAUGUGCCGGCCACACACAGGUCUGAGCGGUAGCAAUCGCUCAGGACACUGCAUCCUUGGGACUCCGGGAUCUGGUGGCGGCCACUCUGCCACCAAUGACCAGUUUUCUCCCGGCCUCAUGUCUCCUGACCCCAGCUGCUCUGUCCAUCUGAUCUUUUUUUACCUGUGCAUUGCACUAUUUUUCUAUUUGUCUUUUUUUUUUAAUUUAAAGAUUUUAUUUAUUUAUUUUUAGAGAGACGGGAAGGGAGGGAGAAAGGGAGAGAAACAUCACUGUGUGGUUGCCUCUCUCUCACGCGCCCCCUAGUGGGGACCUUGCCUGCAACCCAGGCAUGUGCGGCGACUGGGAAUUGAACCGGCGACCCUUUGCUUCACUGAGCCACGCCAGGCAGGGCACUGGUUUGGUCUUUUUAAAAAAGGUUCCGCCUAUAAGUGAAAUCAGACAGCAAUUGUGUUUCUUUGACGUAUUUCACUGAGCAUCAUACCUUCCAGGUCCAUCCGUCUUGUCACAAAUAAUAAGAUUUCUUUUUUGUUUUCAUGGCUGAGUGAUAGUCCACUGUGUGAAUGCACCACAUCUUCCUUAUUCCCCCACCGACGGACAAAGAGGCAGCAGUCAGUGGUGCCUGGUCCUGACCAGCAG